CUUCCCCUUCAAGUUUUUUGACUUUUCCAAAAUUUCCAUACUUUACAGAGUCUCUCAGUUUCCAGGAUCCAGAUACCAAUGGCGAACAAAAUCAGCCGCACGAGCAGUGGCUCGAGCCCGGCGGUCCAGGACGGCUCGAGCAGGGUCGGCUGGGCCGAGCUGCCCCAGGAUCUUGUACGAGCCAUCAUGCGGAGGGUCGUGGCGUCGGAGGGCUCGUGGCGGCGGAGGAGCACGGUGGCUUGCGCGGGAGUUUGCCGGAACUGGAGGACCCAGGUGGAGGAGGUCUUAGGGGUCCCCGGAGGUUCUGGGAUGGUGGCCUUCCUAUUGUCGUCCGACCCGCCUGCGAAGCUCGUGAGCGACGUGGUGGAGCACGCCAUGCGCGAUCCGGAAGGCAAGGUGAUGAACGAUGUCGCCAAGGCUGCAGAUGGGCUUGUCGUGUCUUUAGCAGAUCAGAUUUCCAAGAUGACAUCCUCUCUUGGCUCAAUGGAAGCUUUAGAAGCAUCGCAGGAGCACGUUGAGAGCGCCCUCCUGCAGAUCUUUCGAUUUGAAAACAAACAGCUUUCGCGUGCUGUCACGGAGGCCACUUUCGAGCUUCUCAUUACCAAGCUUCUUCUUGGGAUUUUGGAUGAACGGCUCUCGCACACAUGGAGUGGGAUGCAGCCUCAGGGAUCUCUGAACUUCUUGCUGCUUAAGAUUCUGGACAAUGUCGAUCGGACUUCAUCAUUUGUUGUCCUGAUAAGCCUUUUACGCCCAUCAAAGCAGCCUUCACUGGCUGGGAACCGCAAAUUCCAUAAAUUGGUCAUCCAAUGCUUAAUGAGAUAUACUUCGGUUAUCAAGAGUAUUAUACACUCUGUUGAUCUUGACAGCGUCCUUCUCAGCAUCCAUGAGUAUCUACAAGAACUGGCAAUGCACAGACUCAGGCGAAGAGCUGCCAUUGGCAAUAGUCCGCGGCAAAUGAUCCUCACCUUUCUCCAAGAACUCGUGAAGCUUCUGGGUACGGCGAUCAAGGGUCACCUCUCGAGGAUCCCCAGGGGCAAGGACCCUCAGACUAUUAUUUUUGUCUACAUCAAUCAUUAUCUCCAGACUCUGGCUGCUUCGAGAAGGAGACUCGGAUUGCCUCCUGCCGAGCAGGGGAAGUGGUGGUGAUUCAGCUGGCUGCAGCCCAACACUCUUCCCCCUCGUUCUGCAGAUUCCUAGUGAGUCGUGACAGUGAGUACGCCGAUCAGAGAACUUUUUAAGUCGAGAUAUAUAUAUAUCUUGCCUACUAUGUCAGACCGCACUGACAUUUUCGUCUUCGAUGAAUUUGCCUGUCUACGGCGCGCCAUUAGGCAUGAAUGCUCUAUGUUUCGCAUCACAGCACUCGAGCAACGUGAUCGCCAACAUUGCUUUCUUGUGAUGUUCUGUGUCUGAGCAUUGUUAAUGGCAUGAUUUGUGAUGCAUGCCUUCUAGACAUGAUCCAUAAAAUUGGUUGGUGAAGUGUAUAAGAACUUCCCUUGUCAUC